UUGAAGACAACGUCACCAGCAGCGGCAGUUUCUGGAGUCACCCACAAAGGCUGAGUCUGCCCUAAGCCAAGAUGAUUCUGACGCUGCUGCUGGGCCUCGGGGGGCCCCUGGGCUGGGGGCUGCUGGGGGCCUGGGCCCAGGUCCCGGGUACCAGGUUCUCUGAUCCACACAGCCCCAGGCCACCUGGGGUCUGGAGGGCAGAGGCUGAGGACACCGGCAGGGACCCCAUCAGGCGCAACUGGUGUCCUUACCAGAAGUCCAGGCUGGUCACCUUCAUAGCUGCUUGCAAAACAGAGAAAUUCAUCGUCCACUCACAGCAGCCUUGUCCACAGGAGGCUCCAGACUGCCAGAAAGUCAAAGUCAUGUACCGUGUGGCCCACAAGCCAGUGUACCAGGUCAAGCAGAAGGUACUGGCCUCAGUGGCCUGGAGGUGCUGCCCGGGCUUCACGGGACCCGACUGCCAGCACCACGAUCCCACGGCAGUCCCCGAGCCCGAAGAUGUGGCUGAGAGCCUCCAGGAGCUUUGGGAUGGGCCAGUCAGCUUUGAAGCUGGCCACCCUGCUGCAGAGGUCAGCAACAUGGUGGAGGAGCAGGAACACCGGCUGGGAGAUCUCCAGAACGACAUUCACCAGGUGGCGGAUAGCCUCCCAGGCUUGUGGAAGGCUCUGGCAAGUAACCUCACAGCGGCAACGACUGAGGCAAAUCAGACAGAGCUGGAGUUCCCUGGCAGAUCCUUGGAGCAAGUGCUGCUGCCUCACGUGAACACCUUCCUACAAGUACAUUUCAGCCCCAUGUGGAGAAGCUUCAACCAAAGCCUGCACAGCCUCUCACAGGCCAUAAGAAACUUAUCUCUUGAUGUGGAGGCCAACCGACAGGCCAUCAGGAGGGUCCAGGAGAGUGCUGUGGCCAGAGCUGACUUCCAGGAUCUUGGUGCUAAAUUUGAGACCAAGGUGCAGGAGAAUGCCCAGAGAGUGGGCCAGCUGCGGCAGGAUGUGGAGGACCGUCUGCAAGCCCAGCAUCUUUCCCUGCACCACUCCCUCUCGGAGGUCCAGGCUGAUGUGGAUGCCAGGUUGAAGAAGCUCCUUAAGGCUCAGGAGUCCCUGGGGGCCAAUGGCAGCCUGGUCCUGGCAGCAGCAGGGGCAGCAGCACGGCCAGAGCCAGAGAGCCUGCAGGCCAGGCUGGGCCAGCUGCAGAGGAACCUCUCUGCGCUGCACGUGGUCACCGCCCGCAGAGAAGAGGAGCUACAGAGCACCCUGGCCGACAUGAAGGCCACCCUGGCCCAGCACGUGGAGGAGAUUAGGGAGCUGUAUUCGGAAUCUGAUGAGACCUUCGAUGAGAUCACCAAGGUGCAGCGGCAGGUGGAGGAACUGCAGGUGAACCACACGGCGCUGCGCGAGCUGCGGGUGAUCCUAAUUGAGAAGUCGCUGAUCAUGGAGGAGAACAAGGAGGAGAUGGAGCGGCAGCUCCUGGAGCUCAACCUCACUCUCCAGCACCUGCAGGGCGGCCACGCGGACCUCAUCAAGUACGUCAAGGACUGCAACUGCCAGAAGCUCUACUUUGACCUGGACAUCAUCCGAGAGGGCCAGCGGGACACCACGCGUGCCCUGGAGGAGACCCAGGUGAGCCUGGACGAGCGGCGCCAGCGGGACGGCUCCUCCCUGCAGGCCCUGAGCGGCAGGGUGGCCGCUCUGGACCAGGCGGUGGAAGCACAGCGGGCGGAGGGCGAGCGCGCGCGGGCCGACGCGGCGCGGCUCCGGAGCCAGUUGCGCGCGCUGGGCGGCGAGGUGAGCGCGCUGCGGGCCGCCGAGGGCGAGAUCCGCAGUGAGGUCGGGAAGCUGCACAGCUCCUUCUCGGCCCUGCUGGAGGACGCGCUGCGGCACGAGGCCGUGCUGGCCGCCCUCUUCGGGGAGGAGGUGAUGGAGGAGAUGACCGAGGAGGCGCCCGGUCCGCUGCCCCUGCGCUACGAGCAGAUCCGCGCCGGCCUGCUGGACGCCGCCAGCGGGCUGCAGGAGCAGGCGCUCGCCUGGGACACGCUGGCCGCCCGGGUGGCCGCCCUGGAGCAGGCUUCGGGGGCCGGCGGGCAAGGCGAGCGGCUGGAGCCCAGUCGGGACGCAUGGCCAGGGGAGGUCGUCGGGACGGACCCGGAGGGGCUGGCACAGGAGCUCCAGCGCCUAAGCGCCGACGUCGAGCGCGUGGGCCAAUGCUGCGAGGCCUCCGGGGCCUCCUCCCUCAACAGCUCCCUCGAGGGCCUCCGCGGGGCGCUCUCCACCGCUGAGCGUGGCUUGGAGCAGCACGAGCGCCUCUUCCACAGCCUCUUUGGAAACUUCCAAGGACUCGUGGACGCCAACGUCAGCCUGGACCUGGGGAAGCUGCAGGCCAUGCUGAGCAGGAAAGGGAAGAAGCAACAGAAAGAUCUAGAAGCUCGCAGGAGGAGGGACGGAAAGCCAGUGGAACCUUUGGAGGAUGCGCAUGUUAAUGUCAAAGGGCCGGCGCUGUGGGAGGCAGGCUCCCCAGUGGCCUUCUACGCCAGCUUUUCCGAAGGGACGGCCACCCUGCAGGCGGUGAAGUUCAACACUACUUACAUCAACAUUGGCAGCAGCUACUUCCCUGAACACGGCUACUUCCGAGCCCCCGAGCGUGGGGUCUAUCUGUUUGCAGUGAGCGUUGAGUUCGGCCCAGGGCCAGGCACCGGGCAGCUGGUGUUUGGAGGUCACCAUCGGACCCCUGUCCACACCACCGAGGAGCGGAGGGGUGGCAGCAUGGCCACUACCUUUGCCAUGGCCGAGCUGCAGAGGGGUGAGAGGGUGUGGUUUGAGCUAACGCAGGGAUCGGUAAUGAAGAGAAGCCCCCCAGGCACUGCGUUCGGGGGCUUCCUGAUGUUCAAGACCUGAGCACCGGGCGCAGACCAGACGUCGUGGACUCGCCCAGCUCUCCUUGGCCAGGGGCUCUCAGGCCAGGGUUGGUCUGGAGACCAUCCAGUUGGAAGCCUUCUGCAAAGACAGUGUGGUAUGUGUGGCCUCCCUCUUGACACACUGGGUUUGGCUGUUUCUUAGCAAUGGGAAGGACUGGAAUGCUUCUCUCUGGGCAGGACCUGGUCCAGGGAAGUGUGAAAUGAACUUGGCUCGGCAGGCCUUCUGAGGCAGCGUGGCUUGGACCCAAGCUCCUGGCCCAAACCCUGUGUUCUGUAGCUUCUUUGGUGUCUUGCUCCUCCUGUGGUUGAAAAUUUCCGUUCAACACUUUCUCCCAUUGCCUCUUCUCCCUCGUCUUAUGCUAGAAAAAUCAUUCUUUCCCGGAAGGAGUAUGUUUCAAUGGAGGUGACGUUUGGGACAAUAUUGGAAACCAUUCCCCUCCCAUGGCAGGGCGGUAGGAGAAGCCCAACCCGUUUGGUGUCUGUUGGUCAAAAAGGGAGACAAAGACCUGGUUGCGUUAACCAAGGGAAACAAAAUUAGCAUCUUUUCCUUAGUUUCAGUCCUUCCUUGAAUUUAUCGUAACUUUAAAUUCACUUCUUUUUCUCCUCGCCUCACAGAGGGUAAAGGCCGAGACAUGCCCAGCAUGAACUAAACUGUGUAUACCCUUCACCUUUUUUGCUUCUUCCAGUAGCUUAUGACACCCUAGUUCUUCUCGGCAUUUCUAACCAGGAACGGAGCUGAGGGAGGGAAGGAAGACUGUAAAAAUCCCCCUCGACAGUGAUCAACUUUGAAAUAAAGCGAUGCCCUUCA